GCAGUCAAGAGAGACUUGGACUAGAGUUAGCCACACGGUCCCCACGCGAAGGACACGAGAGCUGUGCACUGCCAACCCUUUACGCUCUGCCUCCUCUUCCUCAUCCCACUGCGCCCGCGCCUCUGCAUCCAUCACUUCAGAGCAGCUGUCAGCGAGAUGGAAACUACAACCAUCACCACCACGCAGACUGCAUUCACCUUUGGACUUACUGAAAGACGCGCCAGCCUCAGCCUGCACGCUCCGGCGCAGGACUGCGCGGUCCCCGCCGCGCACCCCAACAUUGCCGGCGCCGCCGACUUCCAAAGCAAAACCAAGGUGCUGAAGAGACAGCGCUCCAGCUCGCCAGAGCUGCUGCGCUGCAAGCGGCGCCUGAGCUUCAACGGCCUCGGCUACUCCAUCCCCCAGCAGCAGCCCGUGGCCGUGGCCCGGCGGAACGAGAGAGAGAGGAACCGGGUCAAACAGGUCAACAUGGGCUUCCAGACGCUGCGUCAGCAUGUGCCCAACGGAGCCGCCAACAAGAAGAUGAGCAAAGUGGAGACCCUGCGCUCUGCGGUGGAGUACAUCAGGGCUUUACAGCAACUUCUGGACGAACAUGACGCCGUGUCGGCCGCUUUCCAGUGCGGGUUGCCAUCCCCGACACUUUCCAACAGCUACUCCGCCGACCCGGAGUCGCCUCACUCCACCUACUCAUCAGAUGAAGGCGGCUACGAGCCUCUGAGCUCCGAGGAACAGGAGCUGUUGGACUUUACGACCUGGUUCGACAGGUACUGAGGCUGACAGCAUCCAAACCACACAGCAGCGUCUGUGCGUAAUAGCGGCCGAAACGCCGACAAAGACUUGAUAAAGGCGUCAGAUCGGUCUCGCCCUCCGUGCUUGGAAAGUGAUCUGUCGCCUCCCCCUCUCACCCGGGCUGCUUCUGCAGGAGCAAAGCAAUAGUGAGAAAGAGAGAGAGAGAGAGUGAGUGUGUGUGUGAGAGAGAGGGAGCCUCUUGUUGCAUAGAGCGUGAAUAGCCGCCCUGAAGUCCCCACCAGAAGGAGGGAGCCGGACUCGGUGUCACGUUGAGCCGUGGAAAUAAAGAACUGUUGAUGUUUGAAUAAGUGCAAUUAAUACGUGACACGGCAGGUUGUGCGGGGACGGCGCUGCAGCUCCGGAGGACGUUUGAUGAGCGUGUGCUCAGAGCAGGGCUGCCUUCCUCAGCCGCCACGUCUGCUGGAAGACACAACACACAUGAUGCGUCAACAGACUUUUUUCGUGAUGUACACGCCCCCUAUCUCCCCUUUCAUAACAAAAUUGUAUCAUACGACAAAUUGUUUUAACAUGAAGACAUAUUUUUGUACAUUGAGUCAAACAAACAAUGUUCCUGAACUUUGGUCACUGCCGCUUUUCCUGACAGUGUUUUUUUAGAACCAGCUGUCAGUGAGCUCGUGAGUUAGCACGUAUGAGGUGUGUGACUGGACAGCAAUACCGAGGCUACUACCUGAGACAGAUUGUAGUUGUUCUGUUAUUUCUGAAUAGGUGGUGAGGAGACUUUUAUUAAUGUAUGCACUUGUUCUCCG